AUAUAGAAGUUGAUCGCGUUGUGUGUCUGUUAUUAUUGUGGGGGGAAAAGUGAUCUUUUUUUUUAGAUGUUUUCAAAAUGCAAAUUUGGUGGUGAUUAUUUGAAUCCAUUUUAUGAUGAUUUGAGAAGAUCUUGUUGCAGGUUCUUGUUGUUCUACUGUAUGGCGGUUUUAGUUUCAUAAAUGUUUUAGGUUCUUUAUCAAACUAGACCUAUCUAACGCGUGAAGUCAUGUGGUUGAUCGAGCUUUUUAUAGCAGGAAAGUUGAGAAUAGGUUAUGAUGGAUAAAUGAUGUUUUCCUUGUACAAGAUAUUUUAUGGAAGGUUGAGGAAGAAAUCGAGUCUUAUGGAUGGAGAAAACCUUUUUCUGUGAUGAAUGUUAACUGAAUGGGAAGGGAAAAGAGUUACCAAGAGCAUAAGUGGUAUUUGGAAAGGAGAAAAUGGAGAAUCAAUAGGCACUGAAUCCAUUUAGCUGGCGAUUUGAGCAUGAAUAGUCCAUUCAGGUUCUCAAGGGAAAGGUUUCUGUGCCUCAUGCCGAAACACCAAAAGUCUGGGUAGUUUGAAUGUCGAAAACUCGAUGGCUACUGACCCAAAAAACUUGCGCGUGAAGUUGGUACUGUUAGGUGAUUCUGGUGUGGGUAAAAGCUGCAUAGUCCUCCGGUUUGUUCGUGGCCAAUUUGACUCUAACUCAAAGGUAACUGUUGGUGCAUCCUUCUUAUCACAAACACUAGCCCUACAAGAUUCUACAAUGGUGAAGUUUGAAAUAUGGGAUACGGCUGGCCAAGAAAGGUAUGCCUCGUUGGCCCCUCUUUACUACCGGGGAGCUGCUGUAGCUGUUGUGGUAUAUGAUAUAACGAGUGAAGAAACAUUCAGAAAGGCAAAAUAUUGGGUCAAGGAACUUCAGAAGCACGCAAGUCCUGGUAUUGUCAUGGCAUUGGUAGGAAACAAGGCUGAUUUGGAAGAAAAUAGAGCUCUAUCAUCCGAGGAUGCCAUGGAGUAUGCAGAGGGGAAUGGCAUGUUCUUCAUCGAGACAUCGGCAAAGACAUCAAAUAAUAUCAAUGAACUUUUUCAGGAGAUUGCUAAGAGGCUUCCUCGGACAUCUUAACUGUGAGAUUUGCCAGUGUCGAUAUUGAUUCGUCUUGAUUUGUUAAGAGGCUUCCUCAAACACAAGAUUUGGCUUUCUAUAUGAGAAAUCAUUGUAUGAUUUUUUUUUAUGUGGGACAAUGAAAUGGAAAGAUUGAAAAAUAAGAUCAUUUUUUUCUCUCGUGAUUUUCGCUUAAUGUAGAAAAAAAUUAUGUAGAUAAUUUAGACGAUAAUUGUUGUUUAUGUUUACAUUUGGGAAAUCUUCCCAAGU